AUGCCGGAAUCUUAUGUUCUCUACCCUACUCAGAAGCUUAAAAGAACAGGGUCUACUCUUAUAUUUGGCCGAUACUUGCCAAGCUACAUGAAAGAAGCCAUAUGGCGUGACAAAAAAUUCGUUCCAACGUACGAUGAAUACAUGAAAAACGGGAUUUUUAGCUCCGGCUAUAUGUACACUACGGUGUCAUUCUAUUUAGGUAUGGGGGACUUUGCAACUAAAGAUGCCUUUGAAUGGUUGAACCAAAUUCCCAAGGCUGUAAAAGCCUGUUGUAUGAUCGGGCGGCUCCUGAAUGACAUUAUUAGCCAUGAGUUUGAAGUAAAAAGAGGCCCUGUUUCAACUGCGUUAAAUAGUCACAUGGGUCAGUUUGGUACGUCCAUGGAAGAAACCAUCAAGGAGCUUCGAUCAGAGGUGGAGUGUGCAUGGAAGGACUUAAACGAAGCGAUUUUUGGACCUAUUACUAUUCCAAGGCCAUUGCUAACUUGUACCGUUAACUUGGCAAGAAUAUUAUACGAUGUUUAUCCUGAUGGUGAAGAUGGCUAUACUAUGACCCAGUUUAUCCGCAAACAAGUCGAAAUGAUUCUAAUUGAACCUAUCAUUGAAUAA